AAAAACUUAAACUUGCUUUGGAACGGCGCUCAAACGCGUCACCUACGACCUCACGUCACACACCCGCGUCCGCCGCAGCACCUUCACAACACGCGCUGCGCCCUGCGCGAAGAGCGCGCCAGCUGAGAGCCUGUGUGGACCGCUGCAGUUCAAAAACCGCGGGCACCCCAGAAACUGUGAGCGACGCGCCCGCCCACGCGCCGCGGCCAACACACGCGCUCACGCAAAACCGCAGCGCGCGCAGGCACACAAACGAAACCAUGGACGGCGGCCUCGCAGAAACGUUGGUCGGCGCGAUGUUGGGAGGAGGCGGCGACGGUAUCAGAGAUAUGAUGAACGCGGCGACGGGCGUCUGCAAGUGCGUGCGCAUGAACCCUGAUGGUUCUACCGAGGAGAUCGACUUGGACAUGACGCCCAGUCAAAGGAAGGUGCACGAGGCACUCGGAGGCGGCGAAGUCACUUUUUUAGGCCAGUGGGAGCCGCUGGGCGUGUUCCUCGUCGCGCGGCGCGACGCCGACGAAGAGACGGAGACCUUCCAGGGCACGUUACCGAAGCCCUUCGAUGCCUGCAAGGGCGAGUUCCAAGGUGCCGUGGUCAUGACGCGGACCUUAGAAUGUGGCAAGCCGGCGGAUUUUACCCUUGCCGAAUUUCAGGAGUUCGCCGCGAAGAAGCCCGAGCCCUGGCAGGAGAUGCCCAUCGAGGAGGAGGAGGAAGAACCCCUAGAGACCAUCGAGGAAGGUGAUGAAGACUCCGACUCUUCCAGUGAUGGCGGCGAGUUCGAGGCUGAAAGUUCGUCAGAUGAUGAUGGUGCCGACGACGAGUUCGAGGAGAUGAUGAUGGAGAAGCUCGUGGCGGAUUUCACGCGGGAGAAUGGGAGGGCGCCGACGAUGGAGGAGUCCGUCGGGCUGCGUUCAGCUUUACAGGAGAAGCUCGGUUCCAAAGAAUCGUCUGAUGAUGAUGAGGACGAGGAGGAGGAAGAAGAGAACAACGGCGAGGUCCGCGCGGCGUUCCUCCAGUCGUGCCUGACCAAGUUCGCGAAAGAGCACGGGCGGGACCCGUCGGACGAAGAACGGGCGGGUAUUGAAAAGACGGUCGAUGCCAAACUAGAAGCGUCGGACGGCGAGGCUUUGGUCGUGGAGAAGGUGGUGGCCCACUUCACGGCCCAUCAUGGGAGGGCGCCGUCGGCGGCCGAGGUCGAGGAGGUGCUCGAGAAGCUCGCGGCGGCUGAAGAGGCGGCGCCCGAGGAGGCGGCCGAGGAGGCCGCUGCGACGCCGGAGGAGGCCGCCGCGGACUCGAAGAAGCGCCCGCGCGAGGAGGAGGCCGCAGCCGAGGAGGACGGCGAGGAGCCGGGCAUCCUCGAGCAGCUCAUGGCGCUCUUCAAGGAGAACCACGGCCGCGACCCGACCGAGGCCGAGGUGCAGCAGUGGCGCGACACGCUCCGCGAGGCGGCCGAGGAGGCCGACGCGGGCGUCGUCGCGGCGGCGCCCAAGGAGGACAACACGCCGCGCGGCAAGGCGCCGGAGCCGGUGGCGCAGGUGUCGGUCGAGCCGGCGGCGAAGAAGCAGCGCGUCGCCGAGGCCUGAGCUCGCUUUGGCCGCGAAGGGCCGCCGUCCUAUCUCUCUAACUACUAUGUGGUACUCAGAAGCCUGU